AUGAUACUGAGACUUCAGUUUUUCCUCAGAGCAAUGCUGAUGCCCCGGUUAGCCAGGAGCAUAUUCUUUGCUCGUUGUGACUCAACAAGAUCCAAGGCUAUAUGCUAUGAUGAGGACUGUCCUUGGCAAAUCUACUGUGCCAAGAGAACGUUUUCCGCAAGUUAUCAGGUAAAGACAUUUGUCAAUGAACACACUUGUAGCAGAGAUAAUCACUGUAAGUCAGCAGAUGGGAAAUGGGUAAUAGAUGAGCUAGAGGAGAGGAUUAGAGUUCAACCAAACUUGACAGUGAGGGAGGCUGACCAAUACUUCAGGUCUGAGUAUGAUGUACUCAUCAAUGAGAGGAAAAUUUACAGAUCUAUGAAGAAGGCGAAGGAGAGGAUUGAGGGUUCCGAGAUUGCACAGUAUGCAAGACUUCGUGAUUAUGGUAAUGAAAUACUAAAGACUAACCCUGGCUCGACAGUAAGGAUACAUACGAAUCCUAUGCCUGAUUCGAAUCCUUUGUUUCUGAGGAUAUAUGUAUGCUUUGAUGCGUGCAAGAAGGGAUUUGUGGGAGGAUGUAGACCUUUAAUAGGUUUGGAUGGGACCUUUCUUAGAGGGUACUACGGGGGGCAGUUAUUGACAGCAAUAGGACAGGAUGCAAAUAAUCAUAUCUUUCCUAUUGCCUAUGCAAUUGUGGAGUCAGAAAAUAAAGAAAGUUGGAAGUGGUUCCUAGAGAUACUACAAGAGGACGUCGGAGAUUUUCAGGUGAAAGGCUUUAACUUUAUGUCAGAUAUGCAGAAGGGGUUAAUACCUGCAGUGCAGGAAAUUUAUCCAAAUGCAAACCAUAGAUUCUAUGCCAUGCAUAUAUGGCAAAACUUCCGCAAGAGAUGGAGUGACUUAGAGUUAAAAAUGUGUCUGUGGUCAUGUGCUAAGUCAACCACAACACAGGACUUCAAUGCUACCAUGGAUAAGCUAAAGAAGAUCAAUGUUGGAGCAUGGGAAUACUUAGAUAAGAUCAGUCCGAAACAAUGGAGUAGGGCCCAUUUUAGUGAAUAUCCGAAAGCAGACAACUACACAAACAAUAACUGCGAGGUGUUUAACGCCAAGGUGAAGAAAAUGAGAGGCAAACCAAUAAUUACAAUGUUAGAGGAAGUGAGGUGCUAUGUAAUGAGGAUUAUGGCUAGGAAUAAGAAGGCCUUGGUUGGGUAUAGUGGACGGUUGGCCCCAACCCAGCAGAGCAGGUUAGAAAGGGAGAAGAGAGAGAGCAACAAGUGGAGGCCUCUACCAAUCGAAGAUUAUGCGGGCAAUGUUUACGAAGUCCAAUGUAUGCCCGUGAAGGUCAGUGUGGAUUUGGGCAAGGCUACCUGCAGUUGUAGGCUUUGGCAACUAACUGGACUCCCGUGUAGGCAUGCAUGUGCUGCGUUAGCUUACCAAAACAGGCGACCAGAGGAGUAUGCCCAUAACUGGCUGACCAUGGGUGCAUAUAAUGCGGCCUAUCAGUGUUCUAUGCGGCCAGUUCCAAGCCAGGAGUUCUGGGAGUAG